AUGAACGCUCUCCUCUCCCAAUUCACCUUGCUCUCCAACCAAGCUUGUCAAGACAAAAACUUUGAUCCCUCCUCUAUUGAUAACCUAAUGAAACUCUUCGAGAUAGAAGCAUGUAAGUCAUGGGCAGCAAUGGAACUUGAACAAGAAAAAGAAGUCAAACAAGCUGAAGUAGCUUUGCAACAAGCUGAGGAUUAUCUUGAUUCAGUGAUGGAAAAUGCCAAGGAUGAAUAUAGGAGGUUUGAAGUGAAAAUGGAACGCAUGGCAAGGGAAUGA